ACUGUAAAGGUGUGGGACGUCCGAUAGAAGGAGCUCAGUUGACGUUCUCUCGCCACCGACCGGACAGCCACAGCCACAUCGCCGCCGCUCUUGUCAUUCAUUGAUCCCUCGCUUUAACGCUGCCAGUUCGCUUGUCAUCGUCGUCGUCGUUUGCCGCCCUUUCUUCAAUUCAAACGCCGCCUGUCUUCUAUCUCUCCUUCACGUCGUCAACAACUGCCGCCGUCACAACCCCCCACGACAAUUAACUUAAAAAUAACGAAGAUGAGUUCCAGCGCCCAGAAUAACACAGCCGCCCAGCAGCAGCUCAAGAAUAACAUCCGAAUCAACUUGGAUCGCUGCAGCAAUUUCAUGCGACAGUUCCGCGAUCCGGAGAGCCGCGAGUUGACCAAAUUAUCGGCCAACCAGUUCAUGGACGUCUGGAGCCACUACGACAAGGACGCCAACGGCUACAUCGAAGGCACUGAAUUGGACGGUUUCCUAGCGGAGUUUGUAUCUAGCGUCAACAUCAUGGACGUCGGGCCGGAGGUCGUGUCAGACGCCAUGCUGGCCGAAUUGAAGCAAUGCUUCAUGGAGGCUUACGACGAUAACCAGGACGGGAAAAUCGACAUUCGCGAGUUGGCCCAACUACUUCCCAUGGAGGAAAACUUUUUGCUACUUUUCCGCUUCGACAAUCCACUGGACUCUAGCGUUGAAUUCAUGAAGAUCUGGCGGGAAUACGACUCUGACGGCAGCGGAUUCAUCGAAGCUGACGAAUUGAAAAAUUUCCUGCGUGACUUGUUAACCGAGGCUCAGCGCGACAAGGAGGUUACCGAGGAUAAGUUGAUCGAGUACACGGAUACCAUGUUGCAAGUAUUCGAUGCCAACCGAGACGGAAAGCUGCAGCUCUCUGAAAUGUCCAAACUGCUUCCCGUCCGCGAGAAUUUCCUGUGCCGCCAAGUUUUCAAGGGCCCGACGGUGCUAUCCAAGGACGAUAUCGAACGAGUCUUCGCUCUCUACGACAGAGACAACAAUGGCACGAUCGAGAACGAAGAACUUCGCGGAUUCCUCAAAGAUCUCCUGGAACUUGUAAAAAAGGAUUACGAUGCCCAAGAUCUUCUGGACUUUGAAGAGACCAUUCUUCGUGGCUGCGACUUUAACCGCGACGGGAAAAUCAGCAAGAAGGAGCUGACCAUGAUCCUGUUAGCCUUGUCCAAACACAGCCAAGAUGACGAAACCAAAUCCAAAUAGAAACAACAACAACAAAACAACACACACGACGGAAGGGACAGCAAAACACGAAAAGUUCCGAACGUCCAAAACAUAAUGAUGACGAUGAAGAAAAAAGAAAUGUCUCCCAUUCACGAAUGCCCGCCGAAGGAGUCAAGUCCGACGACAGGGAUUGCACUCUUAAAAAUAAAAAAAAUAAAAUGAAAAGAAAAGAAGAAUUGUUUUCUUGCUGGCCAAAAAAGUCAGUUGCUGCAUGAUGUUUUCCGACUCUAUUCUUUCUGGUUGGGCAUUUAUUUCACGGUAGUAGUAUACUGUAUCGCUUGCUGAUGAGCAAAAACUCGAAACUAUUGAUUGACGUUUGUUUCUAGUCUGUAAUGUUGGGAAUUUUGUCAUUUUUACCCCUCUUUAUACCAAGUUUGAUCCAUUUUUUUUUAAAUACAUCGUCAUCUCUUAUAUACCAAAUCGUUUCUAGUAGAUUCGUGACGGAUCGCCCCUCAGUGUCUGCUUUCCUUUCUGUGGCUCUACCAUUUUCCUUCCUCUUUCAUAAACUUGUUCAUGUUAUAAACGAGACAAAACGGUCGCUUCCACCGUAUAAAUAUACAAGAUCAAAAAGCGAAAA